ACCCUAGCAUUCAGCUUCUGCCAAGAGGACAGACGCAAGAGGCGGAAAAUUCAUCCUUUCAAUUCCAUCACAGAGUGAGGAAGAAGAGGAGGAGGAGCCAGCUGAGUGAGAUAGUGAUGCUCCCCAUAGCAGGUGCCAACAAGUGAGAGGUAUCUGAGAGACUGAGGACGUAGGACAUGGAGCAGAGUCUGUGAGAGCAAGAAGACGCCCAGAGCUCUUUGUGAAAACAAACAACAGUCGACAUAUAUAAAUCCUUCCUGCUCCAGUUCUACUUCUCUCUCCGUCAUCUCUGCCACCAUGCUGUUUCCUGUGCUGCUCUGUGCCGCUCUGCUCCUCUUCACACCGGCAGAGAUCUCAGAGGCUCGCGCUUUGCACCCUUCUCCUGAUGCUGUGCAGUUCAUGGAGCAGUUUCUGGAGCGCUACAAUGACCUUCUAACCCUGGACGACCUGGAGAACCUGUUGAACAGCCCAUCAGAGGAGCAGUCCACCUUCUCCUCGGGGGCCAAAGCAGCUGAGUUCCCUAAGUGGGCUGACACACAAACGCAGGCUGAGACCCCCUGGCUGCGUCUGCUGAAGGGAGCACUGACCAAUCAGAAGCGAGCGGAGCCAGACCGGUCACGGAGGGGAUGGAACCGAGGAUGCUUUGGGCUCAAACUGGAUCGAAUUGGGUCCAUGAGCGGCCUAGGCUGUUAGUGAGGAAAAACUAGAGACUGAUGACAUCCUGCUUAGAGUACCAUGAGGGUAAAAACACACAUGCGUAGACUACAUGUAGUGUGGUGUAAACUUGCUAAUGUGGUUUCAUCCAGCGUAGGUACCCAUAGAUCAGACGCUUGACACUAUUGUGGCUGUUGUAACAGAGCAGCUGUAGUUUGUUCCAUGUGUAAGUAUUAAACUGAGUAUUAGAAGAUGUGAGCUAUGUUUACAUGAAAUCAUUAUCUUUGAUUGUUUAGCUUUUUUAAGUAAAACAACACUUGCAGUUGUAAAUGUAAACCUGUUUUGUGGUCAGAGGGUUGUCUGUGAAAUCAGGCGUGGAAAUCAGAACAAGAUGGCACCUGUAGUUCCUGCUGUUUGUUUUUGUUAACCUUUGAUUUGCAUGAAUAAAUGGAUUUGACAUU